CUCUGAUUACACUUUUCUCCCGGUACUGCGGUAUACACGUUCGUGUAUAACCUCUGACAAGAUCUGGUAUGAUCGGCAUAUGUCCACGUGAGAUUGUAGGAUUUGAGAAAAUCACGAAUCAGGAUUAUGAAAAAAUCCAUAAAAUCGUUCCUGGAAGGAGAUGGCAGCUCGCAGUCGCUACAUCUGGCCUUACUGGCCGCUGCGUUUGCUCUUAUAGUGUUAGCUUUAUUUGUAUUCUGGCGUAAGAGGAAAUCUGCAGGCCACAGUAUUCUUUUGACGGGCCUCAGUGACGGUGGAAAAACUGUGAUCUAUGCGAGAUUAGUAGGCUCCAAAUUUGUCAAGACGUACACAUCUGUUAAGGAAAAUGUAGGAAACAUCAUGGUCAAUAAUAGUUCCUUGAGGAUAGUGGAUAUUCCUGGAGACGAACGACUGCGUGGCAAGUACUUUGACAAGUACAAAUCAUCUGUCAAAGGUCUGGUUUACGUGAUCGAUUCGGUGACUAUUCAGAAGGAGAUCAGAGAUGUGGCUGAAUAUCUGUACAAUUUAUUGUCAGAUUCCGAUAUACAGAAGAACGUUCCCGUUCUCAUAUUGUGCAACAAGCAGGAUCAAACUAUGGCUAAGGGAUGCGCGGUGAUAAAAACGCUAUUAGAGAAGGAGCUGAAUCUGCUGCGAAUGACAAAGACUAGUCAAUUGGAGGCCACCGACGCGUCGUCGAACAACGUCUUCCUUGGGAAACAGGGACAGCACUUUGAAUUCUCACAUUUGGACUCGCGAAUUGAUUUUGCGGAAUCGUACGUUUUUAAUAAAGAUCCUGAAGCGUCAGUCGACACCGAAGAGCUUGACAAGUGGUUACGCAGAAUUGCAUAAUGCAACAUACAUUUAAUCUUACGAAAUAUAAAUUAUUGUUUGUAAUCUUGUAA